AAAUAUAAAAACAGUAUUUUGGAAAAUACUUUAUUAUUUUUUCAUAUAUUUGAUUUAUAAUUGUAUAAAUGUUACUCAAAAAGAGAUACAUUAUAUGUCAUAUAAGUUAUAUAUUUUUAACAAUUGAUGUUAUUAUAUUUAUUAUUUAUUAAUUUAUAUAAGUCAUGCAAUCAUUAUUUAUUUGCGUAGGCGCUGGUAAUCUCAAAAAUUAGACCAAAUAGUUUUCACAAAGAGAUGGUGUUGAAAAUGUAAUACAUUCAAAUUGUAUACAUGUUUAAAAUUAUUAUUAAAGCUCAAACUUAACCUUAUUUACAUUAAUUUAUUGUCAUAGCAACUAUGUUUAUAAGCAAACAAAAUAAAUAAUUACAUGCCAACAUGAAAAGGAAUUUUAAAAGUUUAAUGAAGUUAUUUCUAUUUUUAUUUCCAACAAUUUUAGUUCUGGUUAGCGUUUUUAAAUUUUUUAAAUGGACAAAUGAAAGCCUUAGCCCAUAUACUACUUUAACUUCAGCUCUUGCAGAUAAUAAAAGUCAAAUAGAAUUUUUGCCCAUUAAAAUUGAUUGGCAUGAUUGGCACCAAAUUCAUUUGGAAAAACUAAGAACUGGUAUUGGUGAGCAUGGUGCAAGGGCUAAAAUUUCUCUUUCCGAGGCAAAAACAAAGUAUGACACUUUAUAUAAGGUAAAUGGGUUCAAUGCUUUAUUAAGUGAUAGCAUAUCUCUAAAUCGUUCAAUUCCAGAUAUACGACAUGAGUUAUGCAAGUCAAAAAAAUAUAGAUAUAAACUACCUACUGUUAGUGUGAUUGUACCAUUUCAUAAUGAACAUUUUUCUGUAUUGCUGAGAACUGUGUAUAGUGUACUUAAUCGCUCACCUAAAAGCCUACUUGGAGAAAUUAUAUUAGUUGACGAUUUUAGUACUAAAGUUCACUGCAAAGGCCCAUUGGAUGAAUUUGUAUCAAUUAAUUUUAAAGAAAAAGUGCAAGUCAUACAUUUAAAAAAGAGAGAAGGUCUUAUUAGAGCUCGUUUAGCUGGUGCUAAAAUAGCCACUAAUGAAGUAUUAAUAUUUUUGGACUCGCAUACAGAAGCUAAUGUUAACUGGCUACCACCAUUAUUAGAACCUAUUACGGAAGAUUACCGUACUUGUGUUUGUCCUUUCAUAGAUGUAAUUGAUUAUGAAACAUUUGAAUAUAGGGCUCAAGAUGAAGGAGCUAGAGGGGCUUUUGAUUGGGAAUUUUUUUAUAAAAGAUUACCCUUAUUGCCGGAUGACUUAUUAAAUCCUACUAAACCAUUUCGGAGUCCUGUAAUGGCUGGUGGAUUAUUUGCAAUCAGUGCUCGUUGGUUUUGGGAACUUGGAGGAUAUGACCCAGGUUUAGAUAUUUGGGGGGGAGAACAGUAUGAGUUGUCAUUUAAAAUAUGGCAGUGUGGUGGCAUGAUAGUUGAUGCUCCGUGUUCCAGAGUAGGGCAUAUUUAUAGAAAGUUUGCACCAUUUCCAAACCCUGGAAUUGGAGAUUUUAUUGGCAAAUUUAACUUUCAGAAUUAUCGACGGGUUGUUGAAGUAUGGAUGGAUGAAUAUGGAGAGUAUAUAUAUAAACGGAAACCAAAUUACAGGAACAUAUAUCCUGGAGAUUUAACAGAACAAAAAAAAAUAAGGGAGAAGUUAAAAUGUAAAUCUUUUAAAUGGUUCAUUAAAGAAAUUGCAUUCGAUUUGGUUGAAAAAUAUCCAUUUAUAGAGCCACCUAAUAUAGGUCAUGGCAAGAUCAGAAGUCUUAAUGCUCCUGAACUCUGUUUGGAUUCAACAUCUGAAGAUAAACUUAAACUAAAAGAUUGUAGUGAUAAUGAUGACCAAACGUUUUUAUUAAGUUGGAGAAAAGACAUCAGGAAAAAAAAUAAUAUGUGUUUGGAUGUUUCUGAUCCAUCAAUUAGAGGACAAGUAGGAUUUUAUAAAUGUCACAGCUCUGGAGGAAAUCAGCUCUGGCGUUAUGAUCAUAUAAGAAAAAUGCUUGUUCAUGGAACUAAUCAUAGAUGUCUAGAAAGUGACAUUAGUACUAGGAAAGUUUAUGUAACUCAUUGUCAAAUAGAUAAUGAUGACCAAAAGUGGAUAAUAGAACAUAUUAACUCUAAUGCUACUAAUUGGACAUUGAACCCUUAAUGAAAUUUUAAUAUUUCUGAAAUAUUUCUGAAAUAUUUAUAAAAAUAUCAUUUUAAAUAAUUGAUUAAUGUAGAAAGAUUUUGCAAUCUGUGAUAUUGUUUUGUUAAAAAGUUUUAUUACCUUUUAUUAUAUACUUUUUUUAUAUAAGUUUUUCAAACAUUUUUUUUAUUAGUAUUUUUUAAGUGCCAAUUAAUUUAAAAAUGCAUAUGGACUUAACAUUUUAAUCAUAUAUAUUUUAUUUAUACAUUGUUACCAACUAGAAAUUUUUUUAUUUAAUUAG